GGGAUACAGACAACCGAUAUAGAAAAACACUGAGAGCAACGGAGGUAAAGCAAGCCUACAGAAGAGGAAAGAUAUAACGUCUGGACAUCAAUGCUCUCUCCACUGGCUGGGGAAUAAUAACUGCAGGAAGUGACUAUAGGAUAUGGAGAACGGGGGAAACAGAGAGAAGAUGGAUGUACAAACGGAGAACAUGGACCCCCCGCCUUGUGAAUCCCAGGCGAGUGGAAAAAUCAGAAAAGGAUUCAAGCUGUUUGGUAAACGCAAGCCAGGGAACAUCUUUUCUAUUCGAAGCAAAGGGGAUGGAAACAACAAGUCACCUGUUAACACAAGCAAAACCAUAGAUGGAGUAUCGGAGAACGCUGCACCAGAUUCAGAGCAGGGGCUGGACAAGGAAAGGGGACAGGAGCUGAGUCAAGGAGAGAGGGAGCCGUCAGAGGAGGAGCAGCUUGGAGAAUAUGGCGUUAUGGCUGCUGCUCCAUUUCGCGCCUCCAUUUCUUCAACCAGUUCAGCCAAGUCCCUCAGCUUCCUGUCGUUGCUGAGGGGCGGCCGGAGAGGAGUAGGGGACCGUCGAGUCCAAACUGUGUCCCAGCCUGUGGGCAGGCAACGGCGAGGGCUGAAGGGUCUCUUUAACAAUGUUAAGUUCAGGUCAAAAGAUAAAGAGGAGAAGGAGGAAGCACCUCCGAGCCCACUUCUCAUGUUGUCCCGCGCCAGCAGUGUGGAAAUCAUCAAAGAGGACAUGACCCUCACCCCAAAAUGCCAGCCGCGCUCUCUGGAGAGCCCAAAGACUGAGAGCUGGGAGGCGAGCAAGAGUUUAACAACACAGGACAGUGCAGACACGUCCCCAUCAGAGACCACAACUCCUCAGGCGACAGCGGGAAAUGUGAGUAGAACUAACGAGCAUGUGCCAACUUUACCCACUUCUGACCCACCCUUGGUACCCGGUGAUAACAGCCUCAGCUGCCUGCUUGCAGACAUCUCCUCUCUCCUGACCUUUGACUCAAUAUCAGGGGGUGGAGACAUGAUGGCUGAUGUGGAGGCAGAGUGGGGAAGAGCCAGCAGUCCCAUCACUGCCGCUUGGACUGAAGUCACGCCAUCGUCCAUCUUCUCCAAACCCACCAUGUCACGACCACUGGCCUCCAUUAGCACUGCUGCUACGGCAAAACCCUAUCCCGUAGCCGUCCCCACAACAGCCUUCACCCAAUCCUUCACCCAAUCCUUCACCCAGUCCUUCACCCCUGGGACAAAGACAGCUACGAGAGCUACGACCUCUUCUCCCGUUUCCAGGCCGAGCUCAAUCAUCACAACGUUGACCAAAGCUUCCACUUUGACAACUAACUCAGUCACAUUAAACUCGGACUCUACUCCAGCCUCUGCCACUUAUGCUAGCAUUAAAAUUACAUCAACUCCAAUCGCAACAAAAUCCUCAACUCCCCCUGUAACAUUGACAAGCUUUUCGGCUCCUAAAAUAUCUCAACCUUCAGCGGCAAUUAAAUCCACACUGAGCACCACCUCUAAUUCUACAACAGCUCCUCCGAACACACCGGCUACCGUAGCCAAGGCUCCCUCAAUCGGUCCAAAUCUUACGUUCACGGCGAGCAAAUUCGCAUCAGAGAUUACACCUCCUCCUCAAACUAUUGCUUCAGUAAGUACACCUUUGACUGUAGCUACUCCAACCCCUGCAUCAGCUAAACCUCCCCCAGUAACCCAUAGCCCUCCCACCCCUGUUGUUUUUACCCAACCUCCACCUGCUAAAUUGGAUACAGUUAGUAGUUUGAACCUGAAAACUUUCACUUCCUACAAACCUUCCCUCAGUUCAGCUGCAGGAGAAGCUAAAGCCCCAGUGAUAAUCUCACCAGCUUGUGCUGUUACUCCCAAACCCAAACUGGUUAUGCCCCCCAAGGUGACAACGGUUCCCACAUCAACUACGACCCCCGGCUUGGUAUCUGCACCCACUUCCAAGCCUACUCUCAACUGUAGCCCACUGGAUUUAAAUAAGGCCCCUCCUUCCCUUGCAAAAGUUCCAGAUAUCCUUCCUUCCUCUAACCUGACUGCUGUUACUAAAACCCAACCCAGCCCUGUGUCUGUCCCAACUCCAUCAUCAACUUCUUUAGAUAAGAUUCCUCCCCUGACUAAACCCCCUUAUGCACCAGUCACUUUAGAUAAGAUGGCCCCUGCUCCAACACCAACCCCAACCCCUGCUCCUCAUGCUGUUUUUACAGCCUCUCCAGCACCUCCUCCUCCAGUUCAGAUCCCAGUCCCUCAACCUAAAGCCCCACCUGCUCCUGCUCAAAUCCCAAUUUCCGCACCUAAAGAUUCACCUACUCCUACUCCAAUGCAAGUUUCUCAAUCUAAAUACCCUCCUGCCCCUGCUGAAACCCCACUUUAUGUAUCAAAACCCCCUCCUGCCCCUGUACAAACCCCAGUUUCAGUAUCAAAACCCCCUCCUGCCCCUGCUCGGAUGCCAGUUGAUGUAUCUACUGAACGUUCUGCCCCUGUACAAACCCCAGUUUCAGUAUCAAAACCCCCUCCUGCCCCUGCUCGGAUGCCAGUUGAUGUAUCUACUGAACGUUCUGCCCCUGUACAAACCCCAGUUUCUGUAUCAAAACCCCCUCCUGCCCCUGCUCGGAUGCCAGUUGAUGUAUCUACUGAACGUUCUGCCCCUGUACAAACCCCAGUUUCUGUAUCUAAACCCCCUCCUGCCCCUGCUCGGAUCCCAGUUGAUGUAUCUACUGAACGUUCUGCCCCUGUACAAACCCCAGUUUCUGUAUCAAAACCCCCUCCUGCCCCUGUACAAACCCCAGUUUCUGUAUCAAAACCCCCUCCUGCCCCUGCUCGGAUGCCAGUUGAUGUAUCUACUGAACGUUCUGCCCCUGUACAAACCCCAGUUUCUGUAUCAAAACCCCCUCCUGCCCCUGCUCGGAUCCCAGUUGAUGUAUCUACUGAACGUUCUGCCCCUGUACAAACCCCAGUUUCUGUAUCUAAACCCCCUCCUGCCCCUGCUCGGAUGCCAGUUGAUGUAUCUACUGAACGUUCUGCCCCUGUACAAAUCCCAGUUUCUGUAUCUAAACCCCCUCCUGCCCCUGCUCGGAUCCCAGUUGAUGUAUCUACUGAACGUUCUGCCCCUGUACAAAUCCCAGUUUCUGUAUUAAAACCCCAUUCUGCUCAGAUCCCAGUUUCUCAACCCAAACCCCCUCCUGCCCCAACCCCUGCCCAUAGCCCUGUCACUUCUCCUUCUUCGACCCCUGGUGAGGCCCCAGCUUCUGCUAAGAUGCGAGCAAGUGGACGGGCAUCAGUCGAUGGUGGACUGACUAGUCCAAGUAGCACAGGUCCUCAGACCAUGCUGUCAAAAACAGAAGAACUCCAGGGCCAGCCCAGGGAAAGGAGGAUACCUCAACCAAAGGCAUCAGGACUGAGUAAAAUCCCUGUUGUUGGAGGGGGCAGAGCAGGCAGGAUACCUGUCCGGGACAGUCAACACGAUGAUGAGGAAGCAAGUAGGGACCCACCUACUCCUGUUCUCGAAAAAGAGAGGCCUCAUUUCAACUCACAUGAUGCCGGGAUCAAAGAUAAGAUCUGUAAUGUUGAGGCUGAUGAGCCCACCUCAAAAAACACCCAGGAGGAGAGUCAGCAGCUUCCCCAACCGAAGGUCCUCACCAGUUUACCGCGUGACUCAAAGAUCCCUGUGAAACAUGGCGCUCCGCCUCACGCUGCCUCACAAAUCCCUCAGGCGAAAGAACCCUAUCGUACCAAGAUACCCGUGUCCAAGGUUCCUGUCCGCAGGGCCGGUAAUAAACCUGCAGCUGCAUGUGGAAGCACCCAGAUAAGAAAAUAAAACAAUGGACUGCAUCAAUCAACGAUACAGAUUAUGGCUUUGACUGCGACUUUUCUCCUCUAUAUAACUACACAACCACACUUUUUUUCAGAUUUCUAGACUGUGAUUCUUGGCUUCACUGCGAUAGUACCAGAGUCAAGAGGCUGACAGCACUCAAGCACAAAAUAUCUCCACAAGGAGCCGAAGCAACAAUCCUGGCUCUUUGGUGCUGAGCCAACUGGACACGCUCUCAGGAAAGGUUCAGGGUCACACCUGGACACACAGCAGCAUUGUUGACUAAGGAUAAGCAAGACUUCUGGGAACAUAGACACACACACACACAAGGGUGCUUUUCCGACUCAGAAUUAAUAUUUUCUACAAUGCUUUUAACUUUUGUUACUCCCACUUUUUGUAGAAACCGUCAACUCUUUGUCUUUCUUUCCAGCAAAUCUCUUUGAUAAUAACCAGUCCCUUUAUUUUUUAUUUAUGUCAGAAGAAGAACAGCAAGAGCUCUAUACAGUAAUGCAACGACCAAAUUUACAUUCCACACCAAUCUCUGGAUGUAUGUAGCAUAAAAACGUGCCAUUAAUCUUUGCACAUGAUGUUGAAAUGUACAUUGCCUGUGUCGACUGCUCAUAUGUAACAUGAUCAGAUCUCACUGUGAACUAUGGGACGGACUGGUUUUGAGGGAGAAUUGGAACUAACCUUCCUCCCAGUGAAGUGGACAGUGGACAGCAGCUAUUAUGAAUGGCACUGUGGACGUUUGAGUGAAACAGAGAGGAUGCGGAGAUGAGAUCUCACUGGCACUGGUCCUUAUCCUUAUCCCACUUAUACUCGGAUGAGAUCAAUAUAUCUGUCUAUAGUCUCAUCUAUGUUGUUCUGUUUCCUAUUUAAUCAAUAAAACAAUAUGAAUAUAC